AUGUUGUCGUUUCUGUCGAGAGCCUUUGUCGUCUCCAAGGUUGGCAUUCUUGGGUCGACAUCCUUGUGUCUUCCGACAACAUGGCGCUUUUUCUCGCAAAGCCAGACGAGAUAUGCAACGCCUGAAGAUCCAGAAGCGCGAAGGAAGAGAUUGGACAAGAAUAACGAGCGCCGGCGCCAAAGAUAUCAGAAUGACCCAGACUAUCGGGAGAAGCAAGCCAUGAGAUUGCGGACUAGAAUCUGGCAUGAACAGAUGCGUGAUCAGAAGCCCGAGGUCCUUGAACAGUUCCUUGAAAGGACACGUCUUGCCGCUGCUCGUUCACGCGCCGGUGAUCCCAGAUUCAAGUUUCGAGUAAAUCUUCAUAAAUGCUUGGUCAGUCAUGCUUGGGAACCAGAGGAACUUCCUUGGAAAACCCACGUACCUAUGGUCUCUGCAGAAAAGGUUUUCAGGCAAUGUGCUAGGUGUGAUCGCUCACCACCGGGUGGGGGCUUGAGAUUGUGGUAUGUAUAUCGCGUGCACGACAUGCGAUACAGCAAGUGUCGAUGCAGCUGGUCGAAAGGGCUCUGCAAAGUCAUAUGCAAACAACAGCAAGCUGACCAUAUCUAG